UUUCAGGGUCCUACUAAAAAUAAAGUAGCUCCUACAUGUCUGAAAUCUGCCCACCCCUGUUGAAGGUGACACCAAGUUAUUCAAGGUAGUGAUAUCCCAGCCAGAAGAACUGCAGAAUUUGCUGAUAAUUAUUUACUGCUGGAAGCCUGAAUAGGCUGUGGUCACCCAGGAAAGAGCUGCUAGAAAAGGGGGGGAAGAUUAUAGUGGAUGGCAGUAAAAAAUCAAAAUGGACUGCUGGGUUAUAUGUACAGUACCGUAGUUGGAUUCAGAAAGGCAAUUCAGUUCUUAUGACUCAUUAACUGAUUCUGUAUGAGAGGAAGCCACACAGUGGACUCUCACUAAGGCAGCAAGCUUCUGCUGCCAAAUCGCAACCCUCAAAAUUCAUGUUUCUUAUGGAUUGUUUCACCAUAGGCUUUGACCCUACCAAGGCUUUAUCAGCCACAGAGCCUGUAGGAACAGCAGUUCCCCUGUUUCUUCUCCAUCCCUAGAAGCAAGACAGAAAGGAGUGACCAUUCUUCCACUAUGCGCUACUAAAGAAAACCAUGAGACCAAUGUAGAAUUAAUGAGACAACUUGCUCCUCUGUGUUCCAACCAGCAAUAUCCCAAUGAAGAAUAAGAUAAGACACCAUUCCUGCUUCUGGAUUUUUUUCAGACCAUCUUUGAGGUCUGAAAAUGGAAACAGAAGCAGUUUCAGAGGCCAUAGCAGAGUGCGGGCAACCAGCUGGCACUAAGGAUCAAGCCCCAGAGGUUGUUUUGACAGAAGCAAAAUCAGAGGAGGAUGAAGAUUGUUCUGGACAGGCACUUUCCUACAUACUUUACAUUGGGAACCUGAACCCCAAGUAUUCCCGUGAAGUUCUCUGCAGCAUGCUGAAGGACAUCUUUGGGAUGGCCGGUGCCACCCUUCAAAGGCACAACAUCGAAGUGAUCAAGAAACGCAGGCAGGCCUGUGCCUUUGUCCAGAUGACGACUGAGGUCAGCCUGGAACAUGUUCUGAAACAACUGCUGCUUGCCCCAGAGGUAGAGCAAGACCUAUCCAAGGAGCUCGUGAAGAAAGGGAAAAAUCUGGUUGUGGGACAAAGCAAGAGGUUUGCAUUUGGUACCAAAGAUGGCAGAGAGAGUGACUCUGCUGGAAGCAGCUCAGAAUCUCCUCAGGGAGGGCUACUAGUGCCUGAGAGAAGACGGAUGUGGCUACCAAAUGAAAGUAAGGCCAUCAGAAAAUCUCAUUACCCUUGGAGACUAGACCAGCCAGUGACUUUCCUAAGUGGAACUCGUUCAGAUAGCGCCAUCGUCCAGAGAGAGAUCACAGGCAAAGAGCGACUGUUCUAUGGCGCUUUCAUGGGCAGCGAGACCCGGAACGUGGAAUUCAAGCGCGGUGGUGGCGAGUAUCUGGCAGCAACCCUAAAGCAUCACGUGCGGAAGUAUGUGUGUGCUUUCCUUAAUAGCGAAGGAGGCAGCCUUUUUGUAGGGGUUGAAGAUAACGGCUUAGUAUGUGGACUCAGGUGUGACCACAAAGAUGAAGAUAGAGUCCGCCUACUUGUAGAUUCUCUUUUGAAAGGCUUCAAGCCGCAAGUUUUCCCAGCAGCCUACACACUGAGUUUCAUCCCAGUUAUCAAAGCUGAAGACACUGGCAUCUUCCUAAAAGUUAUCCGGCUAAGUGUUUCUCCUCCAAAACAACACGGGGAACCUCUUCUUUAUGAAACAGAUCAAGGGGAAGUAUACCUCCGGCGAGACGGUAGCAUUCAGGGCCCGCUCACUGGCAGUGCCAUCCAAGAGUGGUGCCGGCAGAAAUGGACAGACGAGAUCAAGAAGUUGGAAGCGAAAAUAGAGAGAUUAUUGAAGGAGAUGGAAACCCUGCAGCAGAAUAUACAGCAAAAUACCCGAUCUUCAUGCUGUGCCAUCAUGUGACAGCUAAGCAGUACUACCACUAGCAUUCUGGGACAAUUACACCUGUUCAAAGUAAAUGUAGCCCAAUA